UGCGCUAAGUUGUCAAAAACAGCUGUUUCGCUCCGGUGAUACGCAUUAUUUUUUUCUAAUCGUCUCGUAUUUUCUAGAAAAUCGUUUCGUACUCAGCUUAAAUAAGUGAAAUUCUCGUUUAUUCAGUGUUGUUCAACAUCCUGAAAUGUGUAUUCCGAUACACGAAAUAUUAAAAGAUGGAUGACGCCGAUAUUCACGUAUGUUCGUCUUUGGUGGAUCAGGAGAACCAAGUAGCAGCCAACGAAAAGGACCAUGUUAAAUCGAAGGCCAUCGUACGGUUUCUGAACGUGCAGAGUACGGCUCCGUUUGCCCGGCUGAAAUGUAACACGGACUUGAAUUUGCCACCCUCGAACUGGUUGAGCAAUUCGGCCAAUUCGUAUGGCCUGGGAAAGUUCCUCUCCCAUCAGGGAGGCUUCAGCAGCUUCCGGAUGGCGAACAUGUUUCCCGAUUGCGUCGGUGGAGUGGACGUAGUUUCGGAUGCCGAAAACAUCAAAAGGCUCCUGAAGUUGCCAUAUUCGAGAAAGAGCGUCAUAUCGAUGAUUGUGCACAGGAUAGAGAAUACUUUGCUUAUUGAUGAGUUCGAUGUGGCCAAAUAUUUGCUGCGACAGGAAGACACAGAGUGGCAGUGGUUGCGCCAGUUUAUAUACGAACAUAUUCUGAACAGCCUGAGCGAUAACGAUAGAAAGCUGUUCAUCCACAGCAAAUCGAGAGAGGCUAUAGCACAGAAGUACUUAACAUCCAAGUUUUUGUACUACAGUUUGAAGGCGGACGAGGAAGAUGGAAUUGGAGAGGAUUUGGGAUUUGCGGAAGGCGACGAUGGAGGAUGCCAAGACUAUAAACCUUUGCCUUUGACUGGGCCAGUGCUUCCAGAGCCGGACGAGGAUGAGAAUUGUCCAGAUCCCGGCCAAAGGAAUCACGUUUUCAAUCGGAAUGUGGUGUGGACUUUUGAGGACAUUCGGAUGUUAAUCGGAACGGAUAUGCCAAUCUUUGGAGGAGCAAAUCGUCCGUGCAUUAGCCUUCGGUUGCGGGAUGAGACCAAGCCGAUCAAUGUGUUGACGGGCAUAGACUAUUGGCUGGAUAAUUUAAUGUGUAACGUACCGGAAGUGGUAAUGUGCUACCAUUUGGAUGGUAUUGUACAAAGAUAUGAGCUUAUCAAAACUGAGGAUCUACCCCAUUUAGAGGAUUCCAAAUUCUCCCCGAAAGUUAUACGUAACGUAGCGCAGAACAUUCUAUCUUUCUUGAAAGCCAACGCCACUAAGGCAGGUCAUACGUAUUGGUUGUUCAAAGCGAAAAAUGACGACGUCGUUAAGCUGUACGAUUUGACCACACUGUGUCAAAAUAAUGCUGCCGGUGAGGCGCAACCCGAAGAGGAAGAGUCCAAUGAAGCUGUCCAGAACAAUCAGAAUCCUUUCACGAUCCCGGUGGCAAUGUUACUGUACACCGUGGCACGAAACAUGAAAAAUUCACCGGAAGGAAUCUCCGCUACGAAAGCCGGUGCUAUCAAGACUCUCUUGGACAAUUGCAUUACUCUACUGCCGAAGGAAAAGUAUCCCCAAAUAGUAACAUCGUCGCAUUACAUUCUGUCCGAUUUAUACAUCCCAGCAGAAACGGAUCCCGGUUCGCCCAAGUUUAAUACUGUUAUUGAAGAUGACGAUGAUGAGUCUAGUUCUCUCUUCGGAGAUCAAACAGCUAGUGCCACUCCUCGACAAGAAGAAUACGCUGACGAUGAACACACAAGUAAUCGCCUUGAAGCUGCCAUCAAAAGUAUUGAAGAAACGCUACAGGAAUACAACGGAAGCGACAGUUGGAGAUACAACUCAAGACCUCCACCUCUGGUAGGAGGAGUCGAGGAGAGAUGCGUUAAUGCUCUUCAGCACAUAGCAGACGGUCUGAGUUGUUUGCAAUACUUCGAUAGUAGUGAGGAGCAGAAGACUAAAGAAAAAGAGAAAGCCGAAGAGAAACGAAAAAUCUUCCACGAAGAAACACAUCAAAACAUGGCCAAAUCUGAGGACGCCAUUCCACUACCAUACAGUCCAUUGAAGCCGGAACCGAAGUUGGCUAAUCCCAGCGAGUCGAUUCCGAUGGGUUGGAAAGGUGAGUCAGAAGUUGAAUCAUCCAAGAAAGGUGCGAAGAAAAAGUCCAAACGCAAGGUUGAGAAGAAACGAGUUGUGGUGGAUGGAACGACUUCGGAAGUCGAUGCGAGAUCAUUGCUGUUGAAGGGAGAGAUAGGUGUGAUCAAAUCGUGGAACGUACAUCUGAAGAUUCUGCUGUUUGAGAAGGCUUGCCUCACAUAUGCGACACUGGCCGAAUUAUACUACGCUGAAGAGCGGUAUGGGACAACUCUUCGCUUUAUCUACGCAGCCGUUCGAUGCCAACAGGUUGUUACCAAAUACAUAUCCUGCGUAUCAACUCAAAGGGGCCUUUUGCUGGGUCGGAUAGGGGAUUGCUUUUUCCAGAUGGCCAAGAAAUGGGAUAGUAUUGAGCAGUAUCUCAAGGAGUUUGAAGAGGAGAACCGUGUAGAUCAACUGAUUAUGGACGAGCUGGUAAAAGAUAUCGGCAUCGACGUGGAGCAGUCGCUGCCUCUGCCCACUGCAAAUGUGGAACAGCUGAUGAUAACAAGUUGUGGAUGUUACGAAACGGCUGUGGCAUGUGCUUCAAAAGAUGCGAAGGAGGAACUUAAUCGUAGAUUGGGAAGUGUGCGGAACGAACUUGGCGUUAAGUACAUGCAUUGGGCUCAGGAAGAGUAUCAGAAGUUUUGGGAGCUGCCAGCAGAGGAAAUUGAAGUUUAUGAAAAGGCGGCCAAGGAGAAGGACUGCAAGGUUGAACCGCUGUAUCAAGUUUUGGCAAAGAAAUCGUAUGACUCAUUGCAGAAAGGAGUUGCCCUGUUUGAAGCGGUUAACGAUCCCACUAACUUGGCGUUUUUGCUCUGUAAUAUGGGACGUUUUAUGCGGUUUAGGGCGCAUAUCCAUUUGGUUGGUGAAAGUCGAAAUAAUGUUCACCUGCAGAAAAAGUUCUACCACGAAGCAUUCGCGUACUAUCAAAGAGCACUGGGAGUACUUGGAUCGCGGAAGGAAAAUCCAGAUUUGUGGUCGCUGGUAACGUGGGAACUGUCGACAGCAACCUUUAACCUUGCCAAGCAACUGCAGGACUACAGCGGAGCGGACAGUGACAAUACUCAAAGUUCCGAAGAGGUAGAACAAGAAGUGGUGGAGAUGCUCCAAAAAGCCUUGAAGAUCUGCGACCAGGAAAACAACGGACCACGGCAGGUUCUCUAUUUGUUCCGGGCGGCGCUGAUUCACCACAGAAUCGCCUCAUACUAUCACUUCUCCUUCCGAUCGACGGCCGAGGAACAUCGGCGCAAAACUGUCCUGCAGCUCUGCAAGCUACACUACGAAAAAGCGGUGAAAAUCUUCGAAAGCCUCAACGAGCCCCAAGAAUAUCUGCAAAUUCAGAUGGAGCGUAUCGCAUUGCAGGAAUAUCAAUGUGAGCUGGCUCAGGCAAUUCCGGUCAAAUUGCGCCAUCUGCAGCAAGCGCUAGAUCUUUGCAAACAAUGUCAACCCACGAUCGAGUACCUUUCGACGACAAAAUCGUACACGACCAGCGCUACGAGCAACAGCUUCAACUGUGAGGAAAUACAGAAAUUGCUCGACCUACUCGAGAAACGUCUGCAGGUCAUACUGAAAACAUUGGUCAAACUGUGCAUGCUUUCGGUGAACAGUGCCGGCAAAAAAUCCGACAGCGAUCGAAUGGUCAACCACUACAAGGAGCUGUUCCGAAUUACCCUCCAAAAGCGACCGGCCAACACGGCCGAGGAUGUCGCCAACGGAUCGAAUAAUGUGAUUAAGGAGUAUGCCUUACAUCUAGCGAGUAUGCUGCGGAAAAUUUGUGAUUUGGAUACGAUUGAAAGUUAAAUGACAACCGUUUGUUCUUGUUUUAUGUCCAUGCUUUUCGCUAUCGCAGUUUCAAUAACUGAGAUCCAAAUAAGACCCUUUUAUAGCUCCUACAGGCUAUUAUCAAAACAAAAAAAUCUAGACCUAAAAAACACAAAAAAAAGCAGUUGAAUAAAUACCUAUCUUUAGAUUUGUUUUCAACACAUGAGAUGA